AAAAGCAGUAGUGCCGUUGCAGGAACUGCUACUUUUACAGAGAAAAAUGGCAAAGUAACUUUUGUUGCCAAAAUGACUGGUUUAACUCCGGGAGUUCACGCCAUACACAUUCACGAAAAAGCAGAUUGUAGUUCUGCCGACGGAAGUUCAGCCGGAGGACACUGGAAUCCAACUUUUAAAAAACACGGAAAAUGGGGGGUUGCAGAAUACCACAAAGGAGAUAUCGGGAACUUUACUGCUGAUGCAAAAGGUAACGGAACUAUAACAUUAACCACUGACGAAUGGUGUAUUGGUUGUGGAGACGCAAACAAAGAUAUUCUUGGAAAAGGUUUGAUUGUACAUCAGGGAACUGAUGAUUUUACAACACAGCCAACAGGAAAUGCAGGCGGAAGAGUCGCUUGUGCCGGAAUCAUCAAAUAA